AUGUCUUCUACGGAGGCCAAGCCAGCCGUCGUCAAGAAGUUCGGAUCGGGCGAGCGAUCUGUGCCCCAUCCCUCUCAGAAGGCCAGAAAGUGGUAUCCCGCCUACGACGAGCCUCAACGCAAGAAGGCCCGCAAGUCGCUUCACCCAGCCAAACCUCGAGCCUCGCUACAACCUGGCGCCGUCCUGAUCCUCCUGGCCGGUCGAUUCCGCGGCAAGCGAGUCAUUCUGCUCAAGAACCUCAAGGAAGGCGCGCUCCUCGUCACCGGUCCCUUCAAGAUCAAUGGGGUGCCUCUCCGACGAGUGAACUCCAGAUACGUCAUUGCCACAUCCACAAAGGUCGACCUCAGCGGCCUUGACCAGUCGACACUGGACAAGAUUGCCAGCCCAGAGUACUUUGCGCGGGAGAAGAAGAGCAGAAAGCAGAAGGGCGAGGAGGCGUUUCUGAAGCAGGGGGAGAAGCCCGAGAAGAAGGCACCCGCCUCCGAACGCGCGGCCGACCAGAAGACCAUCGACAAGCCCAUACUUUCCGCAAUCAAGAACGAAGAGUUCCUCGCCAGCUACUUGAAGUCCAGCUUCAGCCUGAGACACGGCCAGAAGCCCCACGAGAUGGCCUUUUAG